AUGGACCUUUCUAAGACUCCGUCGCCCAUGCAUACGACGGGAGCCAGCCAGGCCCCUCUGUUAGCAAGCGCGGAGGGAGCGCGACUGAAAAGCAUGAAUCGCACGACGGGCAACCGCAGCCGGGCGGUGCCGGUGCGAGGCAACGACCUCACCAUCUCUGCACCCUCGUCCCGCCUCAAGCACGACCUGCGCCACGUGCACUUUGACUCCAAGCCUGUGCUGGGCGCCCUGAGAACCAAGCUCGAGUCAGCAAAGGACAAAAUGGACGCGGAGCUGCGCUGCUUCUGUCUCGACAUCUUCCACCCGCUCUCUCCCCUCGCCCUCCUCCCCUCACACUCGCCUCUCCUCCUCCUCCCCGCCCACUCGCCCCCCUCGCCCUUCCCCGCCCAGUCCUCCGCGCAGUCCCCCCUCCCCUCGCCUAUGUGCUCCUCGGACUCCCCAUGUACUCCUGUCACGCAUGUGCCCAGCAUUGGUAGAGGUCCCCGUCUUGUGUCGUUUGGCCUGGGAGAAACCAGCUCUUCUGCUGCUGCUGGUGUCUCUGCUGCUACUGCUGCGUCUGCUGCUGCUGCUGCUGCUGCCGCUGCUGCUGCUGGUGCUGGUGCUGGUAGUGCUGGUUCUGAUGGUAAAGCCGUUGUUGAUAGUGUUGGUCCGGACGGCAGCAGCAGCACCACCAGCAGGUCCCAGGGCAGGCUUGACCACGUGCUAUCACUCUCACUACCCUCUCUCUCCGCACUGCCCACGCUCUCCUCCCUGCCCUCCCUCUCUGCACUGCCCCUGCUGCGCCCCCCUCGACCGCCUGAUGGGAGUGGAAAGGGGCAGAUGGCAGCACAGGAGGCCAUGCGCAGUAGAAGCGACGACAGGCUGUCGCCAGCUGACGUGUCGCCAGCUGGCGCGGUGCCAGCUGGGCUGGGUGAACAGCCUCUUGGGAGUGUUGAGUUGUUCACCUCGGGGUUCACUGGGUCAGCUCAGGGGUUGACUGGGUCGCCUCAGUUGUUGACUGGGUCAGCUCAGGAGUUGACUGGGUCAGCUCAGGGUCUGCUGACUGACAGGCUGUCACCACCUGGUGUAACUAGCGAAUCGUGGCUCGAUUUCACUCGGAGCUUCCAGGAGAUGUCUCAGGUGAAUCAGCAGGUUCAGGUGAAUCAGCAUGUUCAGGUGGAGCGCACUAGAAGCAGCGAGAAACUGCCACCAACUGGGAGAAAGCUACUCCACUUGGGAGGAUCCUUCCAGGAAAGCGGCAGUAGAAGUGCUGCAGCUUCUGCCAAUAUCAUGAGUGGUGGUGUGGGUAUCUCUGCAGACCUUGCUGCAUGGGACCUACUGCUGCUGCAGAGGAAGGGGAAGGAGCAGCAGCGGGAAGGGGAGUGGGAGCAGGAGAGGGAAGAGGAGGGGGCUGUAGGGUUCCUGAAGCCUCCUGCUGCUGCUGCCGGUGCUGCUGCUGCUGCUGCUGGUCCUGUUGGCGCUACUCCGCUUGCUGCCACGCUUGCUGCCACGCUUGCUGCCACGCUUGCUGCCAUGCCUGCUGCUGCGAUUAGCGCGUCUCCCACACCUGCUGCUACCACCACCCCUGCCACUGCUGCCCCAGAGAGGGCCUGCACCCCCCCUCUGAUCCGCGCGGGCAGCUGGAAACGGGGCAGCGGCCGGGUGUCCACAUGGGGAGGGGCUGGAGCCUCAGUAGUAGCAGCGGGAGCAGGAGCAUGGGGAGGGGCGGCAGCAGGGGCGGCAGCAGGGGAGGUGAGUCCGAGUCCGAGGAGGCUGACAGCGUCCCUGAGUGGGCGGUUGGGAGAGGUGCUACUGGCGGUGGAGCAGCAGGCUCAGCGCUUCUCCUGCUCUCCCGGCACCCUGGGACUCGCCCAGGUGGGUGUGGGGGGGCUUGGACCAGCAGCAGAGGAGGCGAGUGGGCGGUUGGGAGAGGUGCUACUGGCCGUGGAGCAGCAGGCUCAGCGCUUCUCCUGCUCCCCUGGCACUCUAGGAUUUAUGCAGGGGGGUGUGGGCGGUCUUGAUGGUCUUCUGCCCUCCCCGCCAGAAAAAGCUGCAGGUGCUUUAGCUAGUGUAGCUGCUUUUUCAGCAGGGACAGAUGUUGCAGCAGCAGGGACGGGUACUGUAGCAGCAGGCGCAGGUGCUGGAGCAGUAGUGUCGCAAGGGAAGUCCUUAAGCAGGUCUCCCCAGGCAGUGGGGAUGAUGGGGGGGAGUGUGGUUGCGUCGCGGCCUCCUAAGUCUCCCCAGGGGGUGAAAGAUUCGCAAGAGAGUGUAGAGGGGGGCCACGAGAGUGAGCAGGACAGGGGUACUGUGGGGCAAGGCGUGCAGGGCAAGUCAGACCCAGAGCUAGGGUUAGAGCCAGGAUUAGGGUUAGGGUUAAGAGAAGUGGUGCGAGAGAGCGGGGUGGGGAAGCUGGCAGAGGUGGACCAGGAGGUUGCAAAAGCGAGCACAGGAGAACGAGCAGGGGAUGGAGUGGAGGAAGGGAAGGGUGUGAUGGGGGUGAUAGGAGCAGGGGUUGUGCGAGAGGAUGCGUUUUUGGAAGCUGUGGUGAUGGGGCAUGAUGGCUCUGUUGGAAAAACACCUGAGGUGGCACCUGAAAAGGCACCUGAAGUGACACUUGAAGUGGCACCUGAGGUGACACCUGAGGAAGCGGCUGAGGAUGGUUCGCUUUCAUGUCCACCGGAGGAAAUUCUGCACCUGCCGCUGGUUCGGAUGAGUCGAGGCAGUGACCUUACCACCCCGUUUCAUGCUCUGCUUCCCCUUGGUGAUGCUCCCUUUGCUGCUGUUCUGUCAAGCCGUUCGGAUGCUGUAGUACCAAGCAGUGGUGGUGGGCUUGGCAACUCCUGGGACGGUGCUGCUGGUGAAUUGGCAGCAGUGGGGGAGGGGAAAUGGAGGAUAGGAGAGCCGAGGGAGGAGCAGGAAGGGCAGGUGAAGGAAGGACAGGUGGAGCAAGGGCCGGUGAAAGAAGUGCAGAUGCAGCAAGAGCAGGUGGAGCAAGAGGCAAUGGGUGGUGAGACUGGGAGCAAGGCACUGUUGCAAGCGGCGGUUGCAGACGAGGGAAAGGGGGUGGUGGGAGUCCACGAGGAGGGGGAGGGGAAGGGGAAGGGGAAGAGUGAGGUGGAGGUGGAGGGGAUAAUGGUUGAUGAAGAGGCGGCUGAGGCCGUUGAAAAGUAUGCAGACACGGCGAAUAGAUCCAGCGAGUGGGAGAAGCAGCCGCAGCAGCAGCUGCAACAGCUGCCACCCCCGCAACAGCAGCAGGCGGCAGGAGCAGUGGGGGCGGGUGGAGUAGUGGGAGCGCGAGGAGCAGCAGCUGCAGCAGGAGCGGCGAGUGCAGGCGUGGAUGAGAGUGUGUUAUUGGAGAUAGUAAAGGAGAGGCUUAAGCUUGAGAGGACCAGCUCGGGUAAGCUGCUGCCGUAUAGGUACGGCUUCUGGGGGCGGUGUGAUAGUGCUGGGCGGCAGGAUAGUGUUGGGCGGUGUGAUAGUGCUGGGCGGCACAAUAGCAUCGGGCGGCAGGAUAGCGUCGGGGGGCAGGAUAGUGUCGGGGGGCAGGAUAGUGUCGGGCGGCAGGAUAGUGUUGGGCGGCAGGACAGUGUCGGGCGGCAGGAUAGUGUUGGGCGGCAGGACAGUGUCGGGCGGCAGGAGGAUUGGAAAGCUAUAGUAGAGGAGUUGAAGGGAGUGGUCGAUGGGACACUGAAGGGCCGGCAAGAGCCAGAUGACAUGUAUGGGGGAGAAGGGGAAAGCCUACAAGGGAUGCGAACAGAUGCUGAGGGCAUGGAAAUCGCAUCAGGAUCUGCGAUGGAAGAAGGCAAAGGAGCACAGGGAGAGGCAGGGGAAGGGACAGGGAUCGGGGCGGGAGCAGGUGCUGGGGCAGGGACAGGGGCAGGGGCGGGGGUGGGGGCGAUGGCAGGAGCAAGGGCAGGGGGCGGGGCGGGCACGGGGGUAGAGAGGGGACGGGUGAGCAGAGGCACGUCUGCAAAAGAGAAUCAGGAGGAGGAGGAGGAAGCAGUGGUGAUGUGCCGGAUUUGUGAGGAGGAGGUACCACUGCGGGACCUGCAGGAGCACUCGUGCCUCUGUGCCCUCGCCAACCGCCCAGCUGAGAGCGACUGGCAGUUCGCUGCUCAAGUGGAGAACAGAGAGGAGGAGAAGAAGGAGGAGAAGGAGAGGAAGGCACCUGGGUCUAGCAAGCUAAGUGUUGAAACGCCUCAGAGCUCUCUUGUUUCCCAUGAGACGUCUGAGUUGCUAGAGGAGCAGCCAGAGAAGGUAUUGCGGGCGGGGCCCGAGAGGCAGGAGCAGCUGGGGAAGGAAGUGAAAGGGCAGAAGCUUUCAGAGGAGGAGGAACAGCAGCAGUGCUUAGCUGGCAAGGCACCAGUGGAGCAACAGCAUUUAUCACAGGGAAACUCGCAUCUUGAGCAGCAACAGGAGCAGCAGCAGGAGCAGCAACAACAACUUAUGUCAGAGCGAGAAAAGCAGCACCAGGCAGCUGCAGCUUCAGCAGCACCACCACCAGCAUCGUCACUACACAAGGACCAACAGAAACAGCAGCAGCAGAAUCAAUCACCACAGAAGCUGCAGCAGCAGAAGCAGCAGCAGCGGUCGCCCCUGUCAGUGCGCACAUCCCAGGCACACGGCAGUCCCUGGAAGCUGGACCUCGUGCCCCUCAUGAAACGCGCUGGCCUCUCCCUCUCCGCCUCCUCCUCCCCCACCCUCUCCCCCGCCACUCGAACCGCCCUCUCCAACUCCUCCUCCCCGCUCCUCUCCCCUGCUGCCAAGCGAACAGGGCUAUCCAACCCUUCUUCCCCUAGCCUUUCCUCUGCAGGCAAGAGAGUGGGUGGUCUUGCCAGUGCAUCCUUUCCUCUCGCGAGUGCAUCCUUUCCCAGCCUUUCCCCUGCUGCCAAGCACAAUGCUCUCUCCGACUCUUCUCCAGCUCUCCCCCCUGCCGAACGCACUGCCAUUUCAGAUGCCUCCUCCUCUGCAGGCAAGAGAAUGGGUGGUCUCGCCAGUGCAUCCUUUCCCAGCCUAUCCCCUGCAGCCAAGCAAAAUGCUCCCUCCAACUCCCUUCCAGCACUUUCCCAGGCUGAACGGAUUGCCAUUCCAAAUGCCUGCUCUUCAGGAACAGACUCACCUGAUUCUGCUCCGGUGUCUGAUUGCGCAGCAGCAGCAGCGGCGGUGGCGGCAGCAGCAGUGCAAGGAGGGGCUAUAGCAGCAGCAACAGGAGCAGCCGAAGCAGACUCAGUGGGGCAGCGGCCGUGGGGAAGCAUGAGCAGCAUGGGCGGGCUCCAGAGCAGUAGGUUGCCCGAGGGGGAGUCUUUGACAAGGAGAGGGGGCAGUGUGGGAGGAGAGAUGGAGUUGCUGGGAGCAGGUGCGGCAGUGGAGGAGAUUGAUGAAGAAAUCAACGUGCUGAACGAUCUGGCGGACAUAGCGGAGGAUGUGGGGGAGGUGCAGGUGGGGCAGGCGGACGCCCUGGCGCUGCUCUCCACAGACAUCCACGACCUCUCCGCCCUGCUGCGCUCGCACGCUGCUCGCUUUCCCUGCGUGCAGAUAUUUGGGCUCCGCAUCGCCAUUCUGCUGCAUGUGAUGGAUUUGACUGGGCAUGGGUGUGCCUCUGUGCUUGUGCGCUGCUCUCCACCGAAAUCCGCGACUUCUCCGAUUGGACUGGGCAUGGAAAAGUACCAGCGAGUGCUGCAGCUUAUAGCAUUUAACAGCGGGCCCGAAGCAGCAGUCAACUCCUCUAGCAGCAACAACAACUCCUCCUCUCCCCUUGUCCCCUCUCUCCCCCGUCCCAGAGAGAAGUACCAACGAGUGUUGCAGCUCAGAGCCUUUCACAGCGGGCCCGAAGCAGCAGCAGCUAAUUCCCCCACCGGCAAUCCCAGCGCCGCAGGGGGAUCUUUCACUCUCCCCCACUCACUGGGGAGCAUUGGGGGCGGGGGGAGCAGGGGAGGGGGCGGCGGAGGCGGAGGGGGAAUGGGGGAGAAGGAGCAGCGCACGACGAUUGAUGACUUUGAGAUCAUCAAGCCGAUCAGCAAGGGCGCGUAUGGGCGCGUGUUUUUGGCGCAGAAGCGAACCACAGGGGAUUUGUUCGCUAUUAAGGUGCUCCGGAAAGCUGAUAUGAUCCGGAAGAACGCAGUGGAGAGCGUGCAGGCAGAGAGAAACAUCCUCGCCUCCGCCAGGAGUCCGUUUGUGGUGCGCUGCUUCUACUCGUUCACGUGUCGGGAGAACCUGUACAUGGUGAUGGAGUAUCUCGAUGGGGGCGACCUCUUCUCUCUGCUCCAUGCCUGCGAGGCUUUGGAAGAGUCUACUGCAUGCUUUUACAUGGCUGAACUGGUGCAAGCGUUGGAGUAUCUACACUCCUUGGGGGUGGUGCAUAGGGACAUAAAACCAGACAACCUGCUGAUUGCACAUGACGGGCACAUCAAGCUUACGGACUUUGGUCUAUCAAGGGUGGGGCUGAUCAACAGUGCCGGGGACCUCUCCACCAAUCAGAACCCGCCCAUCCCUUCCCACCAUGCCUCCGCACCUUCCUCCCCUGGCAAGCUCUUUCCCCACUCGUACAGCGUCAGCUCCGAAGGAGCAGCAGCAGACUCACCGCUCUGGACCGCAUCCAGCCUGCAGGAAUUCCCCUCUCCCCGCUCUGGACCCCCUUCCACUCUCUCUGGUCCCCACUCCUACCCCACCUCUGGCUACUCCUCCCCCUUGCAUGCUCCCGGAUAUGCCUCCCCUUUGCAUGCAUCUGGGUGCUCUUCCCCUCUGCAUCCUUCCGGGUUGGGGGGAGGAGGGGUGGGCGGAGGGGGAGGAGGAGGAGGAGGGGGGUCGUUUUGUUCCUCGCCUUCGCAUUUUGCAGGAGGGGGUGGAGGAGGCGGAGGAGGAGGAGGAGGGGGAGGGGGGGGAGGAGGAGGGGGAGGAGGAGGGGGGAUGCACUGUUCAUCGCCCUCUCAGAUCAUCACACAGAGGUGGCAGCAGCAGGCUCAGCAUGCCUCCCUGCUGAGACGCCUGACUGGCGCAGGUGAAGGUAAUGGGGGGAGCGGUAGCUCCGGCACCGGUAAUGGCAGCAGCAGCAAUGCAUGGGGUAACGGCAACGGGAAUGGCAAUGGCAACAGUGAGAGUGAUGAGCGAAAGGGAGGGGGGGACUGUGUGGAAGACGAGGAGGCAGGCAAGGAGGGCCGUGCAGAGGAGGCAAGCAAGGAGGGCCGUGCAGAGGAGAAGAAUGUGGAGGGGUAUGAUCCAGCUGCUGCUACAGCUGCUGGUACUGAUACCGCUACAGCUGCUGCUGGUUCUGGGGUGGGAGAGAGCAGGGGAGCAGGAGCGGAGGGGGGAGGGAGGGUGGCAGUGGAGGCAGUUGGAGUUGCAGUGGGAGGAGGGGGAGGAGGAAGAGGAACCGAGGGAGGGGAGAGCAGGGGAGCAGCAGCGGAGGGAGGAGGGAGAGUGGCAGUGGAGGCAGUGGGAACGCCAGACUACUUGGCUCCAGAGAUUCUGCUCGGCCUUCCACACGGUGCGCGGUUCUGUGAGGUGGAGUGCGGUGCUGGGCCCUGCAGCGGACUGGUGGUCGGUGAGAGUGCUGCUAUACGAGCUGCUGUUGGGGUGGGGAUCCCUCUCUGCCCUGCAGCGGACUGGUGGUCGGUGGGAGUGCUGCUAUACGAGCUGCUGUUGGGGUGGGGAUCCCGCUCUGUCUGGGGAGUAACUCUCUGCACCACUCAUUUCCACUCCAUUCCAUUCGCCCUUGCUUGCCCCUCUCUGCACUCACCUCUCUGCAUUCCAGGCCCUGCGGCCGACUGGUGGUCAGUGGGAGUGCUGCUGUAUGAGCUGCUGGUGGGGAUCCCACCCUUCAACGCCCCCUCUCCUCAGCAAAUAUUUGACAACAUAUUGAACCGCGACAUCACAUGGCCUGCGGUGCCAGAAGACAUGUCAUAUGAGGCGAAAGACCUAAUCGAGAGACUUCUCACGUUCGACCCGGAUGAGCGUCUAGGCGCCCAGGGAGCAGACGAGAUCAAGAGGCAUCCCUUCUUUCGCGACAUUGACUGGGACACGCUUUCCUCUGAAAAGCCCCCGUUUGUGCCCGAGCCGGAGAACGCUCACGACACGAGCUACUUUGCAUGCCGCUACGGGGCCAACGCAAUGGAAGGAGGGGAGGGCGUGGUGGGUGGGGCUGGGGGAGAUGCGCGCAGCAGCAACUACAGCAGCAGUGGCGGCAGCACGAGUGAUUCAGAAGACCUGGAGAUGGAACGGGUGAGUAGGGUGGGUAUUUGGAGGACGAGGGGCGCGGGGAGGCGUGGGAGGGGCAGAUGUGCGCAGAAGCAACUACAGCAGCAGCGGCGGCAGCACGAGUGA